UUUGGUUGCACUCUUUCUCUCCUCAGAUGUAGAUCUCUUUCUCUCUCUAACUUUGCAGUGGAAAAUUCCAUUGUAGCUGGCGUCGAGGAUUUUUAAGCUCACUACAUUACAAGCUUUUAGAAUUACGUAGCCAUCGCUCUCUCUAUCUCUCUCUUCUGGAGAGAACCCUCCUCUCUUCCUAGAUCUCUUCUCUUCAUCUAUACUGUUCUUAUCUCGGAGGGCUUGGCUUGGGAUAAGCUGCUUGCGUUGUCAUUUCCUGCAUAUUGGCUUCCAGUGAUUCACAGAUCCGUAGUUCCGAUCUCGGAUAUUCGGUCUCAGCUCAGCCAUGGCGGCUGCUAACGCCCCGAUCACUAUGAAGGAGGCCCUUACUUUAUCAAGCAUAGGGGUCAAUCCACAGUUCAUCACAUUUACUAAUGUCACCAUGGAAUCUGAUAAGUAUAUUUGUGUUCGAGAGACAGCACCCCAAAAUAGUGUGGUGAUCAUUGAUAUGAAUAUGCCUAUGCAGCCGUUGAGGCGGCCCAUUACUGCAGACUCGGCUAUCAUGAAUCCCAACUCAAGAAUUUUGGCAUUGAAAGCCCAAGUUCCUGGAACCACUCAAGAUCAUUUACAAAUAUUCAACAUUGAGGCAAAGCAAAAAGUGAAAUCACAUCAGAUGCCUGAGCAGGUUGUAUUCUGGAAGUGGAUUUCUCCAAAGAUGUUAGGUCUAGUCACCCAGACCUCAGUUUAUCAUUGGCCAAUUGAAGGUGAUUCUGAGCCCGUAAAGAUGUUUGAUAGAGCAGCAAAUUUGACCAACAAUCAAAUUAUCAAUUACCGCUGUGAUCCUGCAGAGAAAUGGUUGGUUUUGAUUGGAAUUGCUCCUGGUUCCCCAGAGAAGCCCCAACUUGUCAAAGGAAAUAUGCAACUAUUCUCAGUGGAUCAGCAACGUAGUCAAGCUCUUGAAGCCCAUGCUGCAUCAUUUGCCUCAUUUCGAAUAGCAGGAAAUGAUAAGGAUUCUGUGCUCAUUUCAUUUGCAACAAAGACCUCAAAUGCUGGCCAGGUUACAUCAAAACUGCACAUCAUUGAGCUAGGAGCACAGCCAGGAAAACCAUCCUUUACUAAGAAACAAGCAGAUCUUUUCUUUCCCCCAGAUUUUGCUGACGAUUUUCCAGUUGCAAUGCAGAUAUCACAGCGAUACAGUUUAAUUUAUGUGAUUACAAAGCUUGGGCUAUUAUUUGUAUAUGACCUGGAGACAGCAACUGCGGUGUACAGAAAUAGGAUCAGCCCAGACCCCAUUUUUUUGACUGCAGAAGCUUCUUCAGUGGGGGGUUUCUAUGCCAUCAAUAGGCGAGGUCAGGUGUUGCUUGCCACAGUAAAUGAAGCAACAAUAGUGCCUUUUGUCAGUGGACAAUUGAAUAAUCUGGAACUUGCUGUCAAUCUUGCCAAAAGAGGAAACCUUCCUGGUGCUGAAAACUUGGUGGUCCAACGUUUUCAAGAGUUAUUUGCUCAAACUAAAUAUAAAGAGGCUGCUGAGCUUGCUGCAGAGUCCCCACAAGGCAUUCUCCGCACUCCUGAUACUGUUGCCAAGUUUCAGAGUGUUCCUGUUCAAGCAGGGCAAACACCUCCUUUGCUCCAGUACUUUGGAACGCUUUUGACUAGAGGGAAGCUCAAUGCUUUUGAGUCAUUGGAACUUUCACGCCUUGUUGUAAACCAGAAUAAGAAGAAUUUAUUGGAGAAUUGGUUGGCUGAGGAUAAGCUGGAGUGUAGUGAGGAACUUGGGGACCUUGUGAAGACUGUGGAUAACAACCUAGCAUUGAAAAUAUAUAUCAAAGCAAGAGCAACACCAAAGGUUGUUGCAGCUUUUGCUGAACGCAGAGAAUUUGACAAGAUUUUGAUUUACUCUAAGCAGGUUGGAUAUACACCUGACUAUCUUUUCCUUCUGCAAACAAUUCUCCGAUCAGAUCCUCAGGGAGCUGUGAAUUUUGCCCUCAUGAUGUCUCAAAUGGAGGGAGGCUGUCCAGUUGAUUACAACACAAUAACAGAUCUUUUUCUUCAGAGGAACAUGAUCCGCGAGGCCACAGCAUUUUUACUGGAUGUUCUGAAACCCAACUUGCCAGAGCAUGCUUAUCUGCAAACAAAGGUCUUGGAGAUCAACCUUGUUACUUUCCCAAAUGUGGCGGAUGCAAUUUUGGCAAACGGAAUGUUUAGUCAUUAUGACCGUCCUCGAAUUGGUCAACUUUGUGAAAAAGCUGGUCUUUAUAUCCGAGCACUGCAGCACUACACUGAACUGCCUGACAUAAAGCGUGUCAUUGUCAAUACUCAUGCAAUUGAGCCUCAGUCUUUGGUUGAAUUUUUUGGGACUCUUUCACGUGAGUGGGCAUUGGAGUGCAUGAAGGACCUUUUGUUGAUCAAUCUCAAAGGCAACCUUCAGAUAAUUGUUCAGGUUGCAAAGGAAUACUGUGAACAGUUGGGUCUGGAUGCAUGCAUAAAGCUUUUUGAGCAAUUUAAGUCAUAUGAUGGGUUGUAUUUCUUUCUAGGAUCAUAUUUGAGCUUAAGCGAGGAUCCUGAAAUCCAUUUUAAGUACAUUGAGGCAGCAGCUAAGACUGGACAAAUCAAGGAGGUUGAACGUGUUACAAGAGAGUCUAACUUCUAUGACCCUGAGAAAACUAAGAACUUUUUGAUGGAAGCCAAACUUCCUGAUGCUCGGCCUUUGAUUAAUGUAUGUGACCGCUUUGGGUUUGUUCCAGACCUCACUCACUAUCUGUACACGAGCAAUAUGCUCAGAUAUAUUGAAGGUUAUGUCCAAAAGGUCAAUCCAGGAAAUGCUCCUUUAGUUGUUGGACAGCUGCUGGAUGAUGAAUGCCCUGAAGAUUUCAUUAAAGGCUUGAUCCUAUCUGUCCGUUCUCUUCUUCCUGUUGAGCCCCUUGUUGAGGAAUGUGAAAAAAGGAACCGGCUUCGUUUGCUCACUCAAUUUUUGGAGCAUCUUGUGAGUGAAGGAAGCCAAGAUGUUCAUGUCCACAAUGCUCUGGGUAAAAUUAUAAUCGAUAGCAACAACAAUCCAGAGCACUUCCUCACAACCAAUCCAUAUUAUGACUCACGUGUAGUGGGUAAAUAUUGUGAGAAGCGUGAUCCUACCCUUGCUGUUGUUGCAUAUAGGAGAGGACAGUGUGAUGAUGAGCUUAUUCAUGUAACAAACAAGAACUCUUUGUUCAAGCUUCAGGCCAGGUAUGUAGUUGAAAGGAUGGAUGCUGAUCUUUGGGAGAAAGUUCUCAACCCUGAAAAUGAGUUCAGAAGGCAGCUUAUUGACCAGGUUGUAUCUACUGCUCUGUCUGAAAGCAAGAGCCCAGAACAAGUGUCUGCUGCUGUUAAAGCUUUCAUGACUGCUGAUCUUCCACAUGAAUUAAUUGAACUUCUUGAAAAGAUUGUUCUCCAAAAUUCCGCAUUCAGUGGGAACUUUAAUCUUCAGAAUUUGCUUAUCUUGACAGCCAUUAAAGCAGAUCCAUCCAGAGUUAUGGACUAUAUUAAUAGGCUUGAUAAUUUUGAUGGACCUGCAGUUGGUGAAGUGGCUGUUGAGGCCCAACUGUAUGAAGAGGCUUUUGCAAUCUUCAAGAAGUUCAACUUGAAUGUCCAGGCAGUUAAUGUUUUACUAGAUAACAUUCGAGACAUAAACCGUGCUGUAGAGUUUGCAUUCCGUGUUGAAGAAGAUGCUGUGUGGAGUCAAGUGGCUAAAGCUCAACUUCGAGAGGGAUUAGUCAGUGAUGCAAUUGAGUCGUUCAUCCGUGCAGAAGAUGCUACCCAUUUUUUGGAAGUAAUUCGUGCCGCUGAGGAUACAGAAGUUUACCAUGACUUGGUUAAGUAUCUGUUGAUGGUUAGGCAGAAGACGAAGGAGCCUAAGGUUGACAGUGAACUUAUCUUUGCAUAUGCCAAAAUAGAUCGGCUGGGUGAAAUUGAAGAAUUUAUUCUCAUGCCGAAUGUUGCUAAUCUACCCAAUGUUGGUGAUCGUUUGUUUGAUGAAGGUUUAUAUGAGGCUGCAAAGAUCAUAUUUGCAUUUAUCUCUAACUGGGGCAAAUUAGCUAUCACACUAGUCAAGUUGAAUCAAUUUCAAGGUGCAGUUGAUGCUGCACGCAAGGCAAAUAGUGCAAAGACAUGGAAAGAAGUCUGCUUUGCUUGUGUUGAUGCCGAAGAGUUCCGACUGGCUCAGAUUUGUGGGCUUAAUAUUAUAGUGCAGGUGGAUGACUUAGAAGAAGUAAGUGAAUACUAUCAAAACAGGGGAUGCUUCAAUGAAUUAAUUUCUCUCAUGGAAAGUGGACUAGGAUUGGAACGUGCACAUAUGGGUAUCUUUACUGAGCUUGGAGUACUAUAUGCAAGAUACCGUCAUGAGAAACUCAUGGAACACAUUAAAUUAUUCUCCACCCGUCUUAACAUACCCAAACUUAUUCGAGCAUGUGAUGAGCAGCAGCACUGGAAGGAACUAACCUAUCUAUAUAUCCAAUAUGAUGAAUUUGAUAAUGCUGCGACUACUGUCAUGAAUCAUUCCCCGGAUGCUUGGGAUCACAUGCAGUUCAAAGAUAUCAUUGUCAAAGUAGCCAGCGUGGAGUUGUAUUACAAGGCUGUGCAUUUCUAUUUGCAAGAGCACCCUGAUCUCAUUAAUGAUGUCCUGAAUGUUCUUGCACUAAAAGUGGACCACACACGUGUUGUGGACAUUAUGAGAAAGGCUGGUCACUUGCGUUUAGUGAAGCCAUACAUGGUAGCUGUUCAGAGCAACAAUGUUUCAGCUGUUAAUGAAGCCCUUAAUGAGAUAUAUGCUGAGGAGGAAGAUUAUGAAAGGCUACGCGAAUCUAUUGAGUUGCAUGAUAACUUUGAUCAGAUUGGCCUUGCACAGAAGAUUGAGAAACAUGAACUUCUUGAGAUGAGGCGUGUUGCUGCUUAUAUCUAUAAAAAGGCAGGUCGAUGGAAGCAAUCCAUUGCGCUCUCCAAAAAAGAUAAUCUUUACAAAGAUGCCAUGGAGACUGCCUCACAAUCUGGGGAUCGUGAACUUGCAGAGGAGUUGCUUGUUUAUUUCAUUGAACAGGGAAAGAAGGAAUGUUUUGCAUCAUGCCUCUUUGUCUGUUACGAUUUGAUUCGCCCUGAUGUUGCUCUAGAGCUAGCUUGGAUGAAUAACAUGAUUGACUUUGCAUUCCCUUACCUGUUGCAGUUCAUCCGUGAAUAUACUGGAAAAGUUGAUGAACUAAUCAAAAGUAAACUUGAGGCUCAAAAUGAGGCAAAGGCUAAACAGGAUGAAGAGAAGGACGUUAUUAAGCAGCAGAAUAUGUAUGCACAGCUGCUGCCUCUUGCUUUGCCAGCACCACCAAUGCCAGGUAUGGGAGGCCCCGGCGUUGGAGGAAGUUUUGCCCCACCACCUUCCAUGGGGGGUAUGGGAAUGGGAAUGGCUCCUAUGCCACCAUUUGGCAUGCCACCACCCAUGGGUUCAUAUUGAUGAGUCGGCAUUCUAUAGUGGUAGUGGAAGUUGGAAGUGAACAGUACGGGCAUUUUUGGAUUUGGGAUUUCUUUCUCUUAAAGUCUUGAGUCAGCUUUUAAUCUCAUUCUUGGAAAGUAGUUCAUUGUUCAAUGGUUAAGUUGGAAGUUAGUAUUAAAAUAAACGGUUCUUUGUUGUGCUAUAGGGUGUUGAUAUAUCUUUUUCUUUUUUCUUUUUUCUUUGUAAUAUUCUUUUAGAAGCAAUUUUUGCAGCUAGGCAGCAAAGUUGAGGAUAUUCUUCAAAAGCAAACACUUUGGUGCAUCGUUGCAUUUUGUACUGAUUUUCAAGGAUGAACAUAGCAUAUUGUUUUUUUGAUCCACGCUUGUGUACAUCAUACAUCUUCCCCAACUCCGACUUAUGGGUUAUUAAUGAUUGUCAUUGAACAUUUAAAUUUUGAA